AUGGAAACUGCUGCUGCCACCCAACCGUCGCCGCCGGUGCCAAAAAAACCGGGUCGCCCCCGGAAAAACCCGCCGCCACCUCCAAAACCGCAAAGUGCGGUGGGCGCGGCGGGCCCACGUCGUCGGGGCCGGCCCCGAAAGCCGGCUCCGACGGGGCGACCCGGUCGCCCCCGCAAAUAUGCCACCGAAGAACCAACCAAGGAGGAAGGAGCUGAAGCAGAAGCCGGAACAACCGAGAAAAACUGA